UAUUAUAGCUGAACUGUAGCUACAGUAGCUAACAUGAUGACUUUUCCUGUAUUAAUUAUUAAUUUAUGAGUCCAAUGUGAGUCGUGUAGCUAAGCUAAGCUCACAGUGCGCAUGCUGCCUCACAGUCGUUCACCAUGUGGAGGUUUUCAGUGUGCGCGGUGUUACGGAAGUCAAAUAUUUUGACUGCAGCUCAGUCAGCUGUCAGAUUCACAUCUACUGGAGCCUGCAGCAGCAGCAGUGUGACAGGGAGGACAUGGCUGAGACCCAGCGGGUUUGACACGGGUUUAAAGACUUUCAACAGCCUCACCAAACAAAAAGAGCCUCUCAUCCUGGCAAGAGAGGGAGUAGCAACCUGGUAUAGCUGUGGACCCACCGUGUACGACCACGCCCACUUGGGACAUGCAUGCUCAUAUGUCAGGUUUGAUAUCCUGCAGCGGAUUCUGUCCAGGAUGUUUGGAAUCACUGUCAUCCACGCGAUGGUCAUCACUGACAUCGAUGACAAGAUUAUCAAAAGAAGUUGGGAGGAAAAUGUUUCCCCGACUGUCAUUGCCAGAAUGUAUGAGGAGGAAUUCAAGAGGGAUAUGCUUUCAUUAAAGGUGAUUCCUCCUGCAGUUUAUUUAAGAGUCACUGAGAAUGUGCAUCAUAUUGUCACGUUUAUUGAGGGGAUCAUCAAAAAUGGACACGCUUAUGCCACAAAAGAAGGCGAUGUGUAUUUUGACAUCGGGUCCAUUGGUGAUCGUUAUGGCAAGUUCAUGGCAGCUGUGGACUCUCAGGGAGAACCUGGUAGCGCAAAUAAACGAGACGCGAGGGAUUUUGCUCUCUGGAAACCGUCCAAACCUCAGGAACCAUACUGGGAAUCUCCGUGGGGCAGAGGACGACCUGGCUGGCAUAUUGAAUGCUCUACCAUCUCUAGCUCUGUGUUUGGGAGUCAGCUGGAUAUCCACUCUGGAGGUAUUGAUCUGGCCUUUCCUCACCACGAGAACGAGGUGGCUCAGAGUGAAGCCUAUCACCAGUGUGAACAAUGGGCAAACUACUUCCUCCACUCAGGGCACUUACACCUAAAAGGCAGUGCAGAGAAAAUGUCCAAAUCUUUAAAAAACUACAUCACCAUCAAGGAUUUCCUGCAGUCUUACUCUGCCAAUGAGUUCCGGAUGUUUUGUCUUUUGAGCAAAUACAGAUCAGCCAUAGACUACAGCGAAAGUAGCAUGAUGGAGGCUCGAAGCUCUCUGGGAAUCAUCUCCACCUUCAUGAAUGACGCUCAGGCCUACAUGAAGGGUCAGCUGCAGUGUUCAUCCGUACAGGAAGCUGUUCUCUGGGAGAGGCUGGCUGAGACUAAAUCCAGCGUGAUGAAAGCUCUGGCAGAUGACUUUGACACCCCGAGAGCCAUCAACGCUGUGAUGAAUCUGGUUUACCAUGGAAACUGCCAACUCCAGCCUGUUUCUCAGUCAGAGGGAGGGGCUCGGAGCCCUGCAGUGUUCGGAGCGAUGGUCAGCUACAUCAGAGAUGCCCUGGAUGUGUUCGGGGUGGAUCUGCUGCACAGUAAGGAGGCUGAUGUGAUCAGUAGUGCUGGAAAUCUGGAGGGCGUCGUGGAGCAGCUGACUCGCUUCAGAAGUGACGUUCGAGCAUUCGCACUUGCUCGUCAGGAUGGUCCAAGCAACAAACGUGGACUUCACCCCGAGAGAAUCCCCCUCCUCAAAGCCUGUGAUAGCCUCAGAAAUGACCUGGCACCCCUGGGUGUGCUGAUAAAGGACAGAGGAGCGACUUCGACAUGGGAGCUAACUCAGGGAAAAAGAAGUGAGAGUGUCCAGGAGGACCAAGAGACAUCCAGCUGAGAUCACUCUGCCUCUGAGACUCUUUAUUUUUGGGUCAUGGACUCAAUUGAACUUCAUCAUGUGAAGGACUUCAUGAAAACUAGAGACCAAACCAUCCUGAUUUCAGCUUCAAUGCCUACUGUGCCUGUCAUCAGUGUAUGAACUCUCACAUUCAUUGCUUCAUAAAUCAGGAGGCCAGUUUAGGUGGCGGUAUACAUUUUGUGUGACUGUUUUUGGGAUGUAAAAUGAAGGUUGAGUGGUGUUUCUUCACCUUGUGU